AAAAAUGAGAAAAGCAAAAGAUGUGAGGAAAGGGAAAAAGAAAAUGAACAAGAAAAGACAAUCCGUGGAUCCCAGGAAAAGCAGAACGCUGACAAUUUUUCUAAAUCACAUUUGACAAUAUUUUAUAUUUGUAAAUAAUUACAAAAGCUGCACUAACGUUCAGUUCUUCUCAUGUAAUGCUAAUAUGCUUUUCUCUUUUAUGUUACAGAGUUCAGAAUCAGAGCGAAAAUGACAUAAUCCGUAACCAAAUAGGUUACACACAUGCAUGGAUUGGUCUGCAUUGGGAGAAGUCCUGGUCUGAUGGCAGCAGCUCUCUGUUUCGAUACUGGGCGGACAAUUAUCCUACAAAUUACUAUGGUUCAAAGUGCACAGCUGCAGCCUUUAAUGACUCAGGAAAAUGGUCUGAUGAAGAGUGUCAAAGUAGUUUACCGUUCAUCUGCUACAAAAACGAUUUCCAUCCAUCAGAACAAAAUGAGACCAGCAUCUCUCUGCAGUGGAGUAAAGUCAACAACAAUAUCAGCUUUGUUCUCCAGUUUAAUGGAACAGAGACCAACAUCAGUGCACCAGAUGGAGACGGACCAGUAACUUACACAGUCUCAUCUCUGACUGCUGGAUCUAAAUACACAUUCACUCUGUUAUCUGUGUUUGAGAACAUCAGGAGCUCUGGAGUACAACUUACAGCUGCUACUGGUAAGAUAGAUCAGAUCAAGUUCAGAAGGAACCUGCUGACGGUGAGACAGGGACAGCCAGACCAGCUGAGGAGCGUCUCUGUUUCGCCUCACGCGUUUGACCAUCUCAAGGGUGGAAUUCAACAUCUCGCACAAGUUGUUCCUGUUCUUGUCCAAUGGAGGCUUGCUGGGCAUUCAGCUCGUCUGAGUUUGCUGGACUGUGGCAAAUGCUCGAAUGGCAGCAUCCUCCCUGCUGCCACCAUAUUACGAGCGCUGUCUGUUCCAAUAGUGCUGGUUUUGGCAGCUAAGCCCCCACUGAUUAGCAAUGUCAAGAAACUGACUGCUCCUCUAAAUGCAGAUGGGUUCAGAGCAUCGGGACAAGAUGAGACCAGCAUCGCUCUGCAGUGGAAUAAAGUCAGUAAUGAUGUCAGUUUUGUUCUCCAGUUUAAUGGAACAGAGUUAACUUAUUCUGCACCAACUGGAGAUGGACCAGUAACUCACACAGUCUCGUCUCUAACUGCUGGAACUAAAUACACGUUCACUCUGUUCUCUGUAUUUGAGAACGUCUGGAGUUCUGGAGUCAGCAUCACUGCAGCUAUUGCUCUGUUCAAUGCAGCCUUUGCCCAAAAUCACCAGUACUAUUUUGUGAACACACCAAGAAGCUGGAGAGAGGCUCAGACUAUCUGCAGACGAGACUACACUGACCUGGCUACAAUAACAAACAUGGAUGAUGUUGCUGCUGUUGUCAACACCACCUCAAGUUAUAAAGGCAAGGCUUGGAUAGGUCUACACGAUAACCUGGUAAACAGCUGGAAAUGGUCUCUAACUGACAGCAGCUUCUAUGGUGAAGGAGAGACCACAUAUAGGAACUGGCUUCCUGGUUAUGUCAACUACCAAAGCACACGGCAAUGUGCUUAUAUUUAUAGCUAUUACUAUAACUAUUACCAAAAUGGUAAAUGGCUUGACAAUCCUUGCACAUCCCAACUACCUUUUGUGUGCUAUAAUGGUAUCAUAAAUGGCUCACCAUCUUUUGUUUACAGAAGUGAAUCUCUGAGCUGGACUGAUGCUCAAAUAUUCUGCAGGGAGAAUUAUGUUGACCUGGCCAGACACAGGGUGCCGAUUCGCCAGGUUCACACCCCUCUAUCAGAAAGUGCACCGCACAGGAGCCUCCACUUCCAAUCCCACCAGUGGCGCCAGGCAGGGUGGAGGAGGGUCCAGCUGGUGCGACAGCACCAGAAGAUAGUGGACAGGCAGACAGUCCUGAUACACCACUGCCAAACAGGUGGCGCCAAAGCGUGCUGGGAUGAGAACGGAAAACUGAACCAAAUGACCCUUAAGAUUGUCCAAAGGAGAUGGAGGAGUUACAGCAAGACCAGGAAUGGAGCCAAGACCAAGAAAGCCCGAUCUCCUCUAGAUCUAUACCAGGAUGUUCGAAGUCAGAAAGAUAAUGACAUCAUCCGUAGUCUGUUUAGUUACACAGUAGCAUGGAUUGGUCUGUAUCGAGAAAAGUUGUGGUCUGAUGGCAGCAGCUCUGCGUUUCAAUACUGGGCGAACUACGAGCCAAAUGGAUCUCCUGCAGGAUACUAUGGUCCAAAGUGUAUAGCUGCAUCAUAUGGUGACUCAGGAAAAUGGUCUGAUGAAGAGUGUAUGGACAGUUUACCAUUCGUCUGUUACAGAAAUGAUUUCCAUCCAUCCGAACAAAAUGAGACCAGCAUCACUCUGCAGUGGAGUAAAGUCAACAACAAUAUCAGUUUUGUUCUCCAGUUUAAUGGAACAGAGACCAACGUCAGUGCACCAGAUGGAGAUGGACCAGUAACUCAGACAUUCUCUUCUCUGACUGCUGGAACUAAAUACACAUUCACUCUGUUCUCUGUGUUUGAGAACAUCAGAAGCUCUGGAGUACAACUUACAGCUGCUACUGCUCCUCUAAAUGCAGAUGGAUUCAGGUCAUCAGAACAAGAUGAGACCAGUAUCACUCUGCAGUGGAAUCAAGUCAACAAUGAUGUCAGUUUUGUUCUCCAGUUAAAUGGUGCAGAGUUAACUUAUUCUGCACCAACUGGAGAUGGACCAGUAACUCACAUCAUCUCAUCUCUGACUGCUGGAACUGAAUACACGUUCACUCUGUUCUCUGUGUUUGAGAACAUCAGAAGCUCUGGAGUCAGCAUCACUGCAUCUACUGGUGAGAUACUCACUUCACUUAUUGUUAAACUGGAAUGGUGGAGGGAUGGCUCAGAUACUUUGUGCAUGUAUACAAACUACUUGCUGCAAGCUGUUCUCAAUGCAGCCUUUGCCAAAAAUCAUCAGUACUACUUUGUGAACACACCAAGAACCUGGAAAAAGGCUCAGGCUGUCUGCAGACAUAAAUACACUGACCUGGCUACAAUAACAAACAAAGCUGAUGUUGCUGCUGUUGUCACCACCACCUCUAGUUAUACAGGCAAAGCUUGGAUAGGUCUAAAUGAUGACCUGUUAAAUGGCUGGAAAUGGUCUCUAUCUGACAGCAGCUACUAUGUGGAAGGAAACACCACAUAUAGAAACUGGUAUCCAGGUUACCCAAGCAGUUACAUAACCCAACAGGAAUGUGUCCGCAUGUAUGCCUAUGAAUAUUCAGCCAUGCUCAACUGUACACCUUUUUAUAGAGUGAAGGAUGUCCCAAUUCACCAAACACAAGAAGCUCUGCUAGCUGUGAGGGAGCAGCUUCCCCACUUCUUCUUCAGCCCCACAUUGUGCUAUCAUUUGCCGUCUCAUAGUGUACGAAAUCAGACAGAAAAUGACAUAAUCCGUAAUCUAAUAGGUUACGCAGAGGCAUGGAUUGGUCUUUAUUGGGAUAAGUCAUGGUCAGAUGGCAGCAGCUCUGUGUUUCGAUACUGGGCGAACUAUGAGCCAAAUCAUUAUCCCGGAAGUUACAAUAGUCCAAAAUGUAUAGCUGCAUCGUAUUCUGACUCAGGAAAAUGGUCUGAUGAAGACUGUAGAGGGAGUUUACCACUCAUCUGUUACAGAAAUGAUUUCCAUCCAUCAGAACAAAAUGAGACCAGCAUCACUCUGCAGUGGAGUAAAGUCAACAACAGUGUCAGUUUUGUUCUCCAGUUUAAUGGAACAGAGACCAGCAUCAGUGCACCAGAUGGAGAUGGACCAGUAACUUACACGGUCUCAUCGCUGACUGCUGGAACUAAAUACACAUUCACUCUGUUCUCUGUGUUUGAGAACAUCUGGAGCUCUGGCGAACAACUUACAACUGCUACUGCUCCUCUAAAUGCAGAUGGCUUCAGAUCAUCAGGACAAGAUCAAACCAGCAUCACUCUGCAGUGGAAUAAAGUCAACAAUGUUGUCAGUUUUAUUCUCCAGUUUAACGAUGCAGAGUUAACUUUUUCUGGACAAACUGGAGAUGGACCAGUAACUCACAUAGUCGCACCUCUCACUGUUGGAACCGAAUACACAUUCACUCUGUUCUCUGUGUUUGAGAAUGUCUGGAGUUCUGGAGUCAGCAUCACUGCUUCUACUGCUAUGUUCAAUGCUCCCUUUGCCCAAAAUCAUCAGUACUACUUUGUGAACACACCAAGGACCUGGAGGGAGGCUCAGACUAUCUGCAGACGAGACUACACUGACCUGGCUACAAUAACAAACAUAAAGGAUGUUGCUGCUGUUGUCAACACCACCUCUAGAUAUACAGGCCAGGCUUGGAUAGGUCUAUAUGAUGACAUGAUAAAUGGCUGGAGAUGGUCUCUAUCUGACAGCAGCUUCUAUGGUGAAGGAGAGACCACAUAUAGGAACUGGUAUCCUGGUUACCAAAACAUUUACCAAAGCACACAGACCUGUGCUUCUAUGUAUGGUUUUGACUCAUACUACAGGUGGUAUGGCUAUCCCUGCACAAACCAACUACCAUUUGUGUGCUAUAAUGGUCAAAUAAAUGGCUCACAAUCUUUUGUUUUCAUAACCGAAUCUCUAAAUUGGAUGGAUGCUCAAAGCUUCUGCAGAGAAAAUUAUAUUGACCUCGCCAGUGUUCGAAAUCAGACAGAAAAUAGCAUCAUCCGUAAUCUAAUAGGUUACACACAGGCAUGGAUUGGUCUGUAUCGGGAAAAGUUAUGGUCUGAUGGCAGCAGCUCUCUGUUUCAAUACUGGUCAUACUACGAGCCAAAUGGUUAUCCUGGAAAUUACUAUGAUCCAAAAUGUAUAGCUGCAUCAUCAUAUGACUCAGGAAAAUGGUCUGACGAACAAUGUACAGAGAGAUUGCCGUUCAUCUGUUACAGAAAUGAUUUCCAUCCAUCAAAACAAAAUGAGACCAGCAUAACUCUGCAGUGGAGUAAAGUCAACAACAGUGUCAGUUUUGUUCUCCAGUUUAAUGGAACAGAGACUAACAUCAGUGCACCAGCUGGAGAUGGACCAGUAACUUACACAGUCUCAUCUCUAACUGCUGGAACUAAAUACACAUUCACUCUGUUCUCUGUGUUUGAGAACAUCUGGAGCUCUGGAGUAGAACUCACAGCUGCUACUGCUCCUCUAAAUGCAGAUGGGUUCAGAUCAUCAGGACAAGAUCAGACCAGCAUCACUCUGCAGUGGAACAAAGUCAACAAUGGUGUCAGCUUUGUUCUCCAGUUUAAUGGCGCAGAGUUAAAAUAUUCUGCACCAGCUGGAGAUGGACUAGUAGCUCACACGGUCUCAUCUCUGACUGCUGGAACUGAAUACACAUUCACUCUGUUCUCUGUGUUUGAGAAUGUCAGAAGCUCUGGAGUCAGCAUCACUGCAUCCACUGCUCUGUUCAGCGCAGCCUUUGCCCAAAAUCAUCACUAUUACUUUAUGAACACACCAAGAAGCUGGAGAGAGGCUCGGACCAUCUGCAGACAUAACUACACUGAUCUGGCUACAAUAACAAACAUGGAUGAUGUUGCUACUGUUAUCAACGCCACCUCUAGUUAUACAGGCAAGGCUUGGAUAGGUCUAUAUGAUGACAUGAUAAAUGGCUGGAAAUGGUCUCUACCUGACAGCAGCUUCUAUGGUGAACGAGAGACCACAUAUAGGAACUGGCUUCCUGGUUACCCAAGCAUUUAUGUAGGCCAACAGCAAUGUGUUUACCUGUCUAGCUAUUACGAUUACUAUUAUUCUUACUCAGAAGGUCGGUGGCUUGACAAUCCUUGCUCAUCACUGCUACAAUUUGUGUGCUAUAAUGGUCAAGUAAAUGGCACACCAUCCUUUGUUUUCAGAACUGAAUCUCUGAACUGGGCUGAUGCUCAGACAUUCUGCAGGGAGAAUUACGUUGACCUGGCCAGUAUUCGAAAUCCAACAGAAAACAGAAUGAUCCGUAAUCUAAUAGGUAACACAAAUGCAUGGAUUGGUCUAUAUCGGGAAAGGCUAUGGUCUGAUGGCAGCAGCUCUCUGUUUCGAUUUUGGGCUAACUACGAGCCAAAUGGCUACUAUGGUCCAAAGUGUAUAGCUGCAUCAUAUUAUGAGUCAGGAAAAUGGUCUGAUGACGAAUGUUCAGCUAAUUUACCGUUCAUCUGUUAUAGAAAUGAUUUCCAUCCAUCAAAACAAAAUGAGACCAGCAUCACUCUGCAGUGGAGUAAAGUCAACAACAGUGUCAAUUUUGUUCUCCAGUUUAAUGGAACAGAGACCAACAUCAGUGCACCAACUGGAGAUGGACCAGUGACUCAGACAUUCUCUUCUCUAAUUGUUGGAACUAAAUACACAUUCACUCUGUUCUCUGUGUUUGAGAACAUCAGAAGCUCUGGAGUUGAACUUACAACUGCUACUGCUCCUCUAAAUGCAGAUGGCUUCAGAGCAUCAGGACAAAAUGAAAAUAGCAUUUUUCUUCAGUGGAAUCAAGUCAACAAUGUUGUCAGUUUUGUUCUUCAGUAUAAUGGAACAGAGUUGACCUAUUCUGGACAAACUGGAGAUGGACCAGUUACUCACAUAGUCUCAUCUCUGACUGCUGGAACCACAUACACAUUCACCCUGUUCUCUGUGUUUGAGAACAUCUGGAGCUCUGGAGUCAGCAUCACUGCAUCUACUGCUCUGUUUAAUGCAGCCUUUGCCCAAAAUCAUCAGUACCACUUUGUGAACACGCCAAGAACCUGGACAGAGGCCCGGGCUUUCUGCAGAGCUAACUACACGGACCUGGCCACAAUAACAAACAUAGAUGAUGUAGCUGCUGUUGUCAACACCACCUCUAGUUAUACAGGCAAGGCUUGGAUAGGUCUAUACGAUGACAUGGUAAAGGGCUGGAAAUGGUCUUUAUCUGACAGCAGCUUCUAUGGUGAAGGAGAGACCACAUAUAGGAAUUGGUACUGGUAUUAUAAUUACCAAUAUUAUAACGACAGGCAACAGCAUUGUGCCUAUAUGUAUAAUUAUUAUUACAAUGGGCAGUGGUCUGAGAUGUUAUGCACAUCCUACCUACCUUUUGUGUGCUAUAAUGGUCACAUUAAUGGCAGACCAUCAUUUGUUUUCAGAACUGAAUCUCUGACUUGGACUGAGGCCCAAACAUUCUGCAGGGAGAACUAUGUUGACCUGGCCAGUGUUCGAAAUCAGACAGAAAAUGAAAUAAUCCGUAAUCUAAUAGGUUACACAAAUGCAUGGAUUGGUCUGUAUCGGGAAAAGUUGUGGUCUGAUGGUAGCAACUCUCAGUUUCAAAACUGGGCAAACUACGAGCCCAAUGGCUAUGGUCCAAAGUGUAUAGCUUCAUCAUAUUAUGACUCAGGAAAAUGGUCCGAUGAAGAAUGUACAGAUAGUUUACCAUUCAUCUGUUACACAAAUGCAAAUCAAAUGGAUCUACUGACCGCAAAAAUAGCAGAGUGUGCGCUGCCCGGCCACACCAGUGACUUGGAAUCAUCAGACCUGGGUGAUGAGCACUGUAGCGGCAGAGAGUGUCUAUAG